CUGGUUUUACUUUAUGGUUUCAUAGCAGCAAAUGGAAAACCAGUGAAAUAUGGAAUAGGUGUUUUGCUAUGGUGUGCAUUAGCAUUGUAUGUACCCAAGACCGAGUUUUUGAUGCAAUUUUUAGUCCCAAUUCUAUGUUUGCAUUCCCAUUGAUCCUGUAUUUAUAACUGACAUUAAGAAUUUUUUUAGAUAUAUUUUACAUAGAAAAUAUUAUUAUCGGCGUUCGCACUAUUAUAUGGUAAACUUGUGUUUCAAUUUCAACAGAUCUGAAAUCGUUACACAGUAUUGUAUUUCAUAGACCAAUUUAUUUUUCAGGAAACAAUGCAAGAUUCAGACGGGGAUGAAAGUUCUCUAGAAUGUGGCAUUUGUGAAAAAAAGUUCCGCUCACAGUUUGGGCUAAAGCGACAUUUGUCGUCACAUGAGAGGACAAAUUACCACUGUAUCGUUUGUGAAAAGGACUUUCACAAUAGGUAUUCUCUUAAUGAACAUAUGCAGAUGCAUAGAGAAUGUAAACACCUUUGCACUAUUUGUGGCAAAGGCUUCGCUAAACCAUGCUUAUUAAAGAAACAUGAAUUAACAUUGCACAGUGAAGAGUCGCCGUAUACUUGUUCAACAUGCGGAAAGAAAUUGAUGUCACAAAGGAGUUUUGAAGCUCAUACUUCUAAACAUGGGAAUACUAACAACUCAUUUAAGUGUUCAAAAUGUGCACGUACAUUCGCGUACAAAUCCAGCUUGGCGAGGCACGAAAAAAAGUGUGAAUGCAACAAGAAUCUUCAUGCGAAGAAUGACUGGUCUUGUGAGAAAUGUAAAAAAUCUUUCAAGGCUUCCAGGCUAUUGAAACAGCAUAUGAGAGUGCAUGGAGAGCCAAAGCAUAUUUGCCAUGUUUGUGGGAAGUCAUUCCAUUGGAAGAAAUGCCUUCAGAUUCAUCUGAAAGCGUGUCUAGUAGAAGAAAGCAAAGACUGAAGUACAAUCGAUAAAUUUAUGAGUAAAGAGGCGUGAAUGUUUACAUUCCUUUUGCUUUUUUUCAAAUGUAGAUUUUAUUUAUUUCUUUAUUUAUUGUCAGGAAGGCAUUAAGUGACAAAAGGUCUACCGUAAACAUCUGUAUUUUUUAAAGUUUAAACUUAUACUUUCAGUUUCAUGUUUAUUGAUUGAAGUAUCUUUGAUAUUUUGUCAAUGUUUCCUUAGCAACGAAUAUUUGAAUGUUUUGAAUUAGUAUACUUUCAAAUAAUUGAAAUGUUUGCGUAAUUAAUCGCGAAUGCUGUCCUGGUAAUUUGGAAAUCAUAGUGCAUUUAAAUGGGGGGAUAAUAAAACAACACACACUUUGUUUUUUUGUUUUUUUUUUUUUUUUUUUGCUUUUAAUUAAGACCAUAUAGAUCAUAUGAGCCACACCAUGAGAAAACCAACACUGUGCGUUUGAGAGCAGCAUGGAUCCAGACCAGCCUGCACAUUCGCACAGUCUGUCCAGGAUCCAUGCUGUUCGGUAACGGUUUCUCUAGUUGUAAUAAGCUUUGAAAGCGGACAGCAUUGAUCCUGACCAAACUGCGCAAAUGCGCAGGCUGGUUUUGAUCCAUGCUUGUCGUAAACGCACUAUGUUGGUUUUCUAGUGGCACGG